AUGCCAAAGAAAUAUUACUGCGACUUUUGCCAUUGUUCCUUUCCUGACAAUCCCACGAACCGCCAAAAACACAUUGAAGGUGCAGCCCAUCAAGCCAAUCGCAAAUUCCACUACGACUGGUUCAAAGAGCCUGAAGAAUUCAUUCGUGAGCAACAAAGCAAACCACCUUGCCGACGCUAUCUCAACCAUGGCUUUUGCGAAUAUCGACUCGACUGCCGAUACAGCCAUAUAGCGUAUGAUAUGGCGGGUCAUCCGAUUUAUCCAGCCGAGUUGAUUGAAUGGUUACAACAACGACAAGUUGCCGAUGCAUCAUCAUCACCCUCCGCCGUAUCCAUGCAACAACAACAGCAACAGCAACAGCCUGCCAAAAGAUACCGAUUACCUUCAGGAUGGAAAUUACAUGCACUUCCACCUUCCUUGAAACCACCCCCACGACAAGGAUACGAUUGGUCUGACGUUGCUACAUGGUAG